GCCGUUUUGGCUCAAGUCAUCCUGGUUCGGGCUGUCACGAGCGCUCGCAAAUUUACCCGUCGGCCCGCAGCUCACCACCUCCCGCGUCCUCGCAAUGGCUCUGCGUCGCUUCAACGCGGGUGGCAAGAAGCAGAAGGAAUUGUCUGAGGAGAGCAGAAACAGGAGAUCAAGGAGGCGUUCGAUCUGUUUGACACGGACGGCUCGGGUGAGAUUGACUCUAAGGAGCUGAAGGUGGCCAUGCGAGCCCUCGGUUUCGAGCCGAAGAAGGAGGAAAUUCAGAAGAUGAUCUCCGACGUAGACGACGACGGAAGCGGAACCAUCGGAUACGAGGAGUUCCUUAAGAUGAUGACGCACAAGAUUUUGAACCGUGACCCGAAGGAUGAGAUAUUGAAAGCUUUCAGGCUCUUCGAUGAUGAUGAGACUGGCAAGAUAUCCUUCAAAAAUCUGAAACGCGUGGCGAAGGAGCUGGGCGAGCGGAUGACAGAUGAGGAGCUGCAAGAGAUGAUCGACGAGGCCGACCGGGACGGGGACGGGGAGGUGAAUGAGGAGGAGUUCCUCCGAAUUAUGAAGAAGACCAAUUUGUUCUGAGCGUCAGUCCGAACCCUCAAACGUGUGUCCGUUCUUCCCCUACAGCACUGCCUCGGGGACGCCAUCGCCACUGUGCGCUUGGCCAACGGUAUGGUUGCAGCUUCUCACCCGUGUAUUGGCGACCAAAUCCGGGAUCGGAGGCUCCUCCAGGGCCCCCGUACAAUUAAAGUGCAGACCACCUGGCGCGGUGCCGUUUGACCGACCACCAGUGAAAAACAAC